ACCCUCAGCUCAGUACUGGCGAGGCACAAGGAGAAACCAGCAGGCGGCACCGGGCUCUCGCUCCUCAAAGCCGGCUGGUGGCGACUUUUUUGUAGCACUCGGGGACAUUGACACCUCUUCUUUUCUGUUUCAACCGGGAGUGUCUAUUUUCUUGGGUAUUUUUUUUUAACCCAUUUGGAUUCUCCGUGGACUUGGCGCGGACGCUUUCCACCCCACCGCGUAGCACAACGCCGUACCGGACCUUGAACCUGACUCUGGAGAAGAAAUCCAACAAAGAGAUUGGAGGACAAAGAGUGGGGCAUCUUCUCAUCGAGGGGUGGCUACGGUGACGGAGGAGCACAUGAGGAGCGGUGUGACGGUAGCAUCCUGACCAGUAACCUUACAUCUGCACCGCACCCUCACGCCCGGCAAGCCUCAACAGCCGGCGUUGGAAGGAAGGAAGGAAGCCUGCGAACACUCCUCCUCUCGGCAUGAGGUCCUUCCGUUCCUUAAGCAAUGACGACCGCCAUGUCAUGGCAAAGCACUCCACUAUUUACCCCUCCUCUCACGACUUGGAGGCAGUUCAGACGCUGGUGUCUAAUGUGGAGUGCGCCCUCAAGCACGUGUCGGACUGGCUGGAUCAGACGAGCUUGGAGGCCCAUGGCCAGCUUGAAACCCAAGCGCCAGACAGUACCGAGGAUGCGGAGCCUGCCGAGGAGGCUGAGGGCUCAAGUGAUGGCUACAGGGAGCCUAGCAGUGGUAGAGUGCUCUGCGGAGUGAUGAGAAUCGGCCUGGUUGCGAAAGGCCUUCUGAUAAAAGGAGACAUGGACCUGGAGCUGGUGUUGAUGUGCAGAGACAAACCCACGCCUACGUUGUUGGACUCGGUCUGCCAGAACUUACCUGGGCAAAUAGAGAAGCUGACAGAGGAGAAAUACGAGGUCAGAAGCUCCCUGCCCGAGGCGGCCAUCGUGGUACGGACUACGACGGAGCCCAAGCUUACACUGAAGAUCACCCUCACCUCCCCAGCCGUGAGAGAUGAUGAUGAUGAGGAGGAGGCGGAGGAGGAGGAGGAGGAGGAGGAGGAAGAAGAAGAAGAAGAGGAACAAGAGGAGGACGGGGAAGAAGGAGAGGAGAAUGAGGAGUUACAUGUGGAGGGAGCUGAGGAGGUGGCUGCAGAGCAUGAGCAAGAAGUGGAGAAUCAGGAAAAGAGCAAUGGCCACGUGUUGGGUGCUGCUGCGCAAAGAAUGGAGGCUGAGGAGGAGGAGGAGGAGGAAGAGGGAGAGGUGCUGGAUAGACACAGAUGUCUGUUGGCCCUGGCAGCGCUGCGACACGCCAAGUGGUUCCAGGCUCGAGUGAACGGACUCAAGUCCUGCGUUAUCGUUCUCAGGAUACUUAGAGACAUGUGCAAUAGACAACCCGCCUGGGAGGCUCUUAACGGAUGGCCCUUGGAACUGAUCUGCGAGAAGGCCAUCGCCACCUGCAACAGACCCCUCGGGGCAGGAGAAGCCUUGCGCCGGGUCAUGGAGUGUCUGGCCUCAGGCAUACUGCUGCCAGGCGGUCCAGGUUUACGCGAUCCGUGUGAGAAACAGCCUACAAACACUUUAGCCAACAUGACAGACGAGCAGGCGGAGGCCAUUACCUACAGCGCACAGCGAGCUCUCAGGCUGAUGGCAUUUGGACAGAUCUCCAAAGUGCUGGAGAUGGAGCCUCUUCCCUCAAAUAAACCUUUGCAGAAAUACCCUUGGUGUGACAAAGAAGGCUUGGCUCUGAAAAGGCCAUAUGACGAAGGAAUGAUGGACGACAAGGACCUCAUCAAGAAGAUGAAGAGGAAUCUUCGGAGAGUUCUCGACGGCAAAGCCAUAGACUCCAACCAGCCAAUGAAUGCCCUGAUGCGGUUGAACCAGAUCCGUCCAGGGCUGCAGUAUCGCCUGCUAUCCCAGUCGGGCCCCGUUCACGCCCCGGUCUUCACGAUGUCCGUGGACCUGGAUGGAACCGUUUACGAAGCAUCGGGGUCCUCCAAGAAGACCGCCAAGCUCCAUGUUGCCGUCAAGGUUCUUCAGGCGAUGGGCUACCCGACUGGUUUCGACUCAGACCUGGACCCCAUGAGCUCAGAUGAGAAGUCUGACAGUGAAGGCAAGAGCGAGGCGUCCUCGCACACGAGCAAUAACGCAACGCACUCCUCGGACAGCUCCAACACACUGGAGGUGCGAACUCAGGGCCCCAUUCUGACAGCAAGCGGGAAGAACCCUGUCAUGGAGCUAAACGAGAAAAGACGAGGUCUCAAGUAUGAGCUCAUCUCCGAAAGUGGAGGGAGCCAUGACAAGCGCUUUGUCAUGGAGGUGGAGGUGGAUGGACAGAAGUUUCGUGGGGCGGGCCCCAACAAAAAGGUAGCAAAGGCCAGUGCUGCUUUGGCCGCGCUGGAAAAACUCUUCUCUGGUCCCAACGCUGCUGCAAACAAGAAAAAGAAGCUACUGCCUCAGACCAAAGGAGCUUUGGCUGCGGCGGCGGCAGCCUCGGCAGUGGCAGCUCAGGUAGCCCGAGGAAGAGGAAGAGCCACCCUCGCACGGGGAGCUUUCGUCAGCGCCGCAGCACCAGGCUACGUUACGCCAGGCUUCGGAACGCCGUACGCCUACAGCCCCGCCGCAGCUGCUCCUGCUUACGGGGGUCUUUUCAUAGACAAUCCCUUCUACCAGCCGCGGACCCUCGCUCCUUUCAUCAUCCACCUGGGCCCCCAGGAUCUCUUCUCUGACUUCUAAAAGAGACGAUUUCUAAACAAGCAGCAGAAGGUGACUGCUCCUCUUUCGUUCUUCUCGAUGAAGCGGACACGUCACGGUGGGAGGAGGAGGAGGAUGAGGAGGAGGAUGGGGGACUGUAAGGGAGGGGGGUGGGGCCAAGUUUCCCCUAAAGCAAUACUCAUAUUUGAGGAAAAAAAGCGUGAACUGGCUGGUCUUUAUAGCAAUAGCAAUACACAUGAACUCCUCUCUUCAAGAAGAAUGUCCGGCGACUUCAUGCGGCGUUGCAAUAGCUCGUCUUGAUUGUAUCCAAAUGAUGUGCGUCUGUGUGUGUGUGUGUGUGUGUGUGAAUAUUACACAUAUAUGUAGUGUGUGUGUGUGUGUAUAUAUAUAUUAUACACAUUAUACAUACACACAUAUGAGCAGUUUGUUGAGUAUAAUAUUAUGACAAUGUACAUAUGUAAAUACAUUUUAAAGGAUAACUUAUUGUUAUAAAUAAUUUUAGGAUGAUACGGUGUAAUGUACCUGUAAUAACACACUAUAGCUUUCUUCCAGUUUUCUAUACACGAGCUAAUUGUAGGAGAACCAAUAUUAUCUUUGCUAUUAUUCCUAUUAAUCGCUGCUCUUAGUAUAAUAAUGGCACUCGCUUCCCUUUCUGGAUGUCUUUCUGAGCCUUUUUCAAGGGGUGCUCACGUCCUCUAAUCAGCCAAUCUUACGUUAGCCCCCCCCUCCCCACACACACACACAUUUACUUGCUGUCAGAAAGCACAUGUUCUAAAGUCGCACUGGUGGCAGGGAAUGCUCUUCGUGUUUAUGUGUAGUGUGUAAGCAUUGUCAUCUGUGAAACGCGUCCAGUCGACUCUGAUGGGAAUUUGCUCGAUCAUCUUCGGAAGCAAAAGCACACACGUUGCAAUGCGUACUGAUGCGCAACUGGACGACAACGCCGAUUUCAGGCGGACUCAUUGCACAUCCAACUUUUUAACGGAACUGAUAAGGAGUUAAUACUGCAUCGUUAGGGUAGGAAUGUGCUCCCGACGGACGGCCCGAGUUGAAACUCUUAAUAUUCAGCGGCUGUUCUUUGACUCUUUUGGAAGUUUAGUCCUUUCGGUUUCCGUUUCUCGAGUUUUGCCACAUGCAGUUCCCGUGCAAAAUUGGAUUUCAAAUAUGCGUCGCGCACAUUUAGUGUAAUUGUAGGGACUGCUUGUGUUUUCAAGGGCUUGCUUGUUGGUUGCCGCUUGCUGUAUUUUGAGUUUUUCCUCACGAGUGGUGGACGAUUUAAAUGAGGGCCUUAAAACUAAAUUUGCCUGGGAAAGAAAAAAAAAAGUGUAGAGAUUCAAAUUGAUUGAAAUUGAAACUUAAAAGUUGCCUACUAAAAAUCAUUUAAGAACAAUGUAAAGGUCCCAUGCCAUCAAUUUUCUGGAGGGAGGAGCAAGUUGCUCACAGGAUGUUGUCGAAAAUAUACUAGUAUACAAGUACACAUCGCUCUGACGGCAAGCUUUGCUAUUUCAUUCAUUGAUAAUUAUAAAUUAGAAAUAUAGUUGAGUAUGGUUGUGUCACAUUUUGUCCUGGAUAAAAUGCCACAUCUUUCAAAAUCCUUCUUAAGAGUACGCAUACUCGUAACCUCAUUCAUGGUACACAGUACAUCCUGAUAAAAAAAAAAAAAUAAAUUAUCCUGUCAGUAACUGAAGAACCUUACCGCAUCGUAAACAAAGCAUGAAGUAAUAUUUAAUUGUAUCUUGGGAAGGAGCAGUGUUCUUGCCUCACUCCUCCACUGCGGUUUAAUAUUUCUAGUUCAUCUUGUUUUAACGUAAACAUCACCAGCCUUUUUUAAAUGUAGACUUACGUCUAUAGUACUGAUUAAUGUGAAGCGCUACCAGUUUGAUUCCAAUUUUUUAAUCUAUGUUAAAACGAUGACUAUGUUUAUGAUUUCCCCCGAUAAGUACAAGGUAACAAGGUAGAUCCAGAAAACAUUCUAGAUCUAGAUCACACCACCCUUUUUUUUUUUCCACCCCUUGAGUCAUUUCAUUGACUUUGCAGAGUUAAGAUUUGGCAGAGGUCAAAAUUGGCCCAUGGCAGUAAUACAUAUUUAUAUUGUUUGUUUAUGGCAACAUUCCAUUUGGAUUUUUAUCACCUCAAAAUCAGUGAGCAUGUUCAGGCUUCUCUCCGAGGUUGAGGACAGUUUGGAACUUUUAAAGUGACCUCCACCACUCGAAGUCUUUCCCCUCCUGCCUGGUCUGUGCUCUGCAAUGCCCUGUGUGUGCCCCCCCCUCUUGUGCCCCCCUGCGGCCCCCCUGCUCUCGCUCCAGAUGGCCCACAUUAAUGAGGCACACACUGAGCAACCUCCUCAAUUCCCUCUGCACUCCAGUCACACUAUUGCAGUCAUUCUGGCUACACGAACAUUUGUUAUUGUCGCGGAUUUAAGAUUUAUUCCUUCGGAGGUGUCAAACUCAAGGGCCCAGGGCCAGAUGCGGCCCACCGCAUCAUUUUUUUGUGGCCCGCGAAGGCAAAUCAUGUGCAACGACUUCCAUGAUUCUUGCGGUUGGUGUGCAGUACUGUGGCACUUUGACUUACAAGUUCAAUUUGUUUCACGAGUCACUCAAAUAAUUUGAAUCUCAAAUCAAAUUUCUCCGCUGUGAUGAACAAAAAUUUGUAACGUUUUUGUGUGGUUUAAAGAAAAAUAGCACUCUACAGUACUGUAUUAUACUAUUGUACAUACAUAAAUAUAAGUCACAGAUUUGAUUGUGAAACACGAAGACCAUCAGAACUAGGCUGCAGUAACAUAGGUUGGUUUCUGCAGUGUAUGAAGAGCAAUUAGCCUGUCUAUGGCAUUUCCCUUUUUGUGUUCAUAUUAAGAUAGCAGACUUUUGUAAGGCAAAGAUCUGCUGUUUGGUUUUGUUUUAUGCUUAGUUAUCCAGUGAACUUCAACUGGAAGUAGCAAUACUGCUUGAAGCAAAGACUCGAGGCCUCUUUUUUUCAAAAAACUGUUGGCUAUCUGCCCAACUGCACACAGCACGCUCAGGGAGGAUAGAAUAUACGUCAUCCACCUCUUAUUAGCACUCACAUUGUUUGGAGCCUUUUUUUUUUUUUUUAAACACUUGCCCCAUCCCCCAAAACAAAAACCCAAACAAACUUAUAAGUCACAGCACGGCUGUACAUGUUCCACACAGAGUUUGUUUGGUGCUUCUAAUUUGAGUUGGGUGUAGCUUUACAAAAGCACCUGCGUUUUUUUUUUUUUGUGUGUGUGGAUCGUCACUUUUCUAUCAUUAAAAACACUUUUUGGCAUCUGAAACAUACAAAGAUUUCCACGCUUGGAUGCAGCAAUACUUUCUCUAGCUGGCGUGUGUUAUCUUUUUACCCGCCUGCCUCGUCGGGAAGAAAAUAUUGCAGACAUGCAGGAUGUGUUUUCAUCCACACGCCAAAGAUUCUGAAGCAACCCGUCAAGGUGUCACACAUCCGGCGUUGAGAAUUUUGUUGGUCCUGUGGGACUAGAAGGAAGUUAACUUUACCUCCUCCAGACGUCUUGUUGAAAUAGCUGCAUAAUGGUUUGCAAUACAUGACAGCAGCCAGCGGAGGGCGCCGGUAAUUCAUGCCCAACUCGUCCGAUGCCUAAACGGGCUGCAGUAGAAAUCGGCGCGGAACAAGUUUAAUGUAAAAAUUCUGAAGUUUUUGAAAUGCGGCUUCACCUUUCACUUUGCUCAACUAACAUCGUAGUGACAUCAUAAUGGGAAAUAAUGUGAUGAAAAACAUUUAUUAAUAUAAAAGAAUAACAUUAAAAAUGCAGAAUUUUUUUUUGUUUGGAAACAUGACCGAAGGGCCUCGCCACUGGUAGAUGACUUAAGUGAUUUCAAAUCGAUCAACUGCGACUGAGUGAUGAUCGGUCAGGGGUGUACGUGGCCUCUCACCCAAAGUCAACUGGGAUUGGCUGCGUCCCGUUUACUCACCCAAUACCCCCACACCACACCCCCACGGGAUGGGGAAUCGAUGUUUUUCUCCUCGCAUGCACUCAUACAGCCACGGAUGGAAAGUCGCGGCCGCAGAGUGUUUUCCGACUGGGGCAGAAAGAGAUCGCAAAUAGAUCCGGCAUCAAGUUUCACCUUCGCAGCUGACCAGAAUAUCUGCGGAUCAUAUCAUUUUCCUGCACGUGUGUGUAUGCGUGUGUUGGAACAUUAUCUACAUCAACUACACUGCAUACUGUGCGCACUUCUGUACACACGCUCAUUUGUCCACACAUGUGCAGCGGGUUGCGGCAGACAGUCCAGACCUGCUGGUCAAGGUUCAACGUGGUCCUGCUAAACGACGGAACUUUUUACUUUGGGAAUGUACACGAUGUUGUUCUAGUGAUUGUAGAGUAGAAUGUAUUUACUCAUAGAGUAAAAAAAACAUAUUAAUAUGGUCUAUAUACGGACACAUGCCUGUGUGUGUAUGUAUAUAUAUAUAUAUAUAUAUAUAUAUAUAUAUACAUACACACACACACAUACACUGUACAUUGGUACUGUAUACAUUUUCAACUUGAACUGUUUUUGGCGCAUCACAUUUGUUUUCUUCAAUUUUUAUUUCAAGCAUUGUGAUAAAUUUAGUGUCUUAUGAUCUUGUAAAUAUUUUUUUUUCGUUAUUUUGGGAAGAUUUUGACAAAGAACCAUUUUAUGAUGCCGCCUACGAAACUACGGAGCGAUAUUUAACCCUCACAGUCUAUUGAGCUGAUUGACGUGGCGAGAAGAAAAUGAAGGUGAUCAGAAUGUGCUUUGUUUCACUGUUUGGUAGCAAAUGUUCACGGCAGUGCUGCUUUGCAUUUCUUCACUUCAUUUAUGCUUGUGGGAGAGAA